AUGUUCUCAACGGCCAAAAUUUCUGAUUUUACGACAGAAGCUCUGCAAGGAACAUUAAAGCGUUUCGACCGCCUAACCUUUGCCAUGAUACGCGGGAACCUACACCAUGGGCCCCGACAGUCGUGUCCGUCAAUCCAACUUCUCAUUCGACUGCAUCAGCCGGCAGCAUCAACAAGCUGUCUCCAUACAUCGCAACGGAGAUGGUAUGAACGAGAUUGGUCCCAGGCGUCCGUCAAUACCCCAUCUUAUCCGAAGCGCAGGUAUGGCCCGCCUCAACGUGAAGCAGCCACCACAGGCCGCAUAAGCCCUUUCAGCAGAGAGUUGCCAAAGGAUCGAAGGCCGAGUCUAUUUGCGCAAACUCCUAACCAACCUCCGAGACCACCCCCGUCACCAGGUUUAAGUGGCCCAUCUAGCCCCUCUAACGGAGAAUUGGAUUCCGGCCAAGGAAAUGCGUGGGGGAAGUUGGCUCAGAGGCCGUCUUUCCGGCGCCCAGGCGGUCAACAAUCCCAGGGAGACGGCCAUCUAGUACCAACGUUUCGGCGCCAACCUAUCAAGCCGGCCUCUAGAUACCUGCCUGGCGAAAUACAGACCUCGUUGCGACCUGAGCCAAUCCGGCGAAGUCCGGAACCGGGCUCAAACGCCACAAAUGGGAACCCGCAAAGUACGGAUCAAUUCUGGUCGCAGUUGGAGUCACGCGUCGGAAAGGGCUCCGCAGAGCGAGAUGGACGGCAACAAAAAAAUACAGCAGGCCGGUUGGAUCAGGCGCCUCGAUCUCCGCGAAACAUUGGGGCGCACACUGGGCGGGGCAACCGGACUAGGAGCGAAGGUGUCGCCAGUAGCAAGGGGCAGGUUUCCCAGUGGAUUGGAGAGCAAAGUAACGCAUUUGGUCCCGACUUUGAUACAAAUGUUCCGACAAUCAUGGCCCCGGAAUUUGGGUCUCAUGGUGGCCGCGGACUUCGUACGAAGCAUCGCAAAGAAAAGCCCGUGUCAUCGAAAUCAAAGGGUAGAGGACGCUCCCAAGACAGGGGAUUUGUGACGGACGGGGAAGACGAUUUCGAAGAUUUCGACAGGGUUGCCGAAGACCGGCGCGAGCGCAAAGCGGAGAAAAAGCGUCAGCGUGAAAAAGCGGCGUCGGGGCCGACACCAAUCCUAUUACCACAGUUUAUCAGUGUCUCAGACCUGGGACAGGCUCUUCGCGUAAAGCCACAAAUAUUUAUGCAACAACUCGGCGAACUUGGCUUCGAGGACAUAACUCUCGAAAGCGUCAUGACAGGUGAGACGGCCGCGCUUGUCGCGCAGGAAUAUGGCUACGAACCGACGGUGGACACUGGCGCGACGAUCGACCUUAAGCGCAGCCCACCACCUGAAGAUCCUUCAACGCUACCAUCACGACCGCCUAUCGUGACGAUCAUGGGCCACGUCGACCACGGCAAGACGACGAUGUUGGACUGGCUACGCAGUUCGUCUGUGGCUGCUCAGGAACACGGUGGAAUCACACAACACAUUGGAGCCUUCUCCGUCGCGCUCAAUAAUGGGAAGCUAAUCACAUUCCUGGAUACGCCGGGCCAUGCGGCAUUCCUGACCAUGCGUCAGCGUGGUGCCAGUGUUACUGACAUCGUGAUUCUGGUCGUGGCUGCGGAUGACGGUGUCAAACCGCAAACGCUGGAGGCACUGAAACAUGCACGAGCCGCUAACGUACCAAUCAUUGUGGCCAUCAACAAGGUUGACAAAGACGAGGCCCGUGUUGACCAGGUCAAGGCCGACCUUGCACGUCACGGCAUCGACAUCGAAGAUUUUGGUGGCGAUGUGCAAGUUGCAUGCGUGAGCGGGAAAACCGGUCUUGGCAUGGAUGUACUCGAAGAAAAUAUCCUCACUCUCUCCGAGAUUUUGGAUGUACGGGCGGAUCCCAACGCGAUGGCCGAGGGCUGGGUGCUCGAGUCGAGCGUGAAGAGCAUUGGGCGGUCAGCAUCUGUCCUGGUGAAGAGUGGCACCUUACACAAGGGUGACUUCAUUGCUGCCGGGACCUCAUGGGCCAAGAUUCGCUUGAUGCGAAACGAAGCCGGUGUGGAGGUCGAAGAGGCUCACCCAGGAACCCCAAUCGAGAUCCUGGGCUGGAGAACCCUUCCUGAUGCCGGCGACGAAGUUCUUCAAGCUCCGACAGAAGGACGCGUCAAAGAAGCGAUUAACUACCGCCUUGAUGCCAAAGAACGCGAAAUGGCGGUCUCUGAAGCAGAGGCACAGGAGCAAAGAGACAAAGAAAGGACAGCGUUGGCCGAAGCGGCGGCUGUCGCUGCCAUGACCGAAAAUUCCAGGCGAAAGCCAAAUGCCGCUGUUGCAGGUGAUAGCGCAACGAGGGAUGCAGAAGAAGGCAAUGGCCUAAAGACAUUAAACUUCAUUGUCAGGGGUGACGUUAUGGGCUCUGUUGAAGCGGUAUGUGCGGCCAUUAUGGAGAUUGGUAACAAUGAGGUCAGGCCAGUGGUGCUGCGCUCAGCGCCUGGUCAGGUUACGGAAUCUGAUAUUGAGCACGCUGCCGUAACGAACAGCAUCGUGGUCAACUUCAACUCGACGCUACAUGGCACAAUCAAGAAGAUGGCCAAGGAUGCCGGCGUUGCGGUUCUGGAUUACACUGUCAUUUACCACUUGGUUGACGAGAUCAAGGACAGACUUUCAGAGCUGCUGCCGCCGAUUAUCACGAGUAAGGUCCUGGGUGAAGCCGAGGUUUUACAGGUGUUCCCGAUCAACCUGCGCGGCCGUGUGUUCAAGAACAUUGCCGGAUGCCGAGUGCGCAACGGCCAAGUAACCCGUACCGGCUUAUAUAGGCUGUUCCGGAACAACAAGUUGAUUUUCCAAGGUAAAUUGGAGACUCUCAAGCAUGGCAAGAAAGAAGUAAGUGAGAUGCGCAAGGGUACUGAAUGCGGCAUGUCGUUUGAAGAAUGGGAAGACAUCGAGGUUGGCGACAAGAUCCAAGCCUACGAAGAAAUCCGUGAGAAGAGGCGGCUAUAG